CGCUUUGUGAACGCUCGUUGUAUUAUAUAGGAGCUCGCCAUGACUCGGACAGUGGAGGUGGAUGUACAGGAGCACGGAAACACACCGGCUAAUGUGAUUCCUUCUGAUGGCACAGAUAGAAAUGGGAACUACAGCUCCAAAACAUAUGACACUGUUUGUAAUGAAAACAACAAGAAACUUAACCAAAGUUUUGAAAGUGAGUCAAGUAAACGUCAAGCAAAUGAAAUGACCAAUUUUAUGGAUGAUCUGAGCUUGAAUUCACCAAAAGAGAGGCCAUCUCGCUCAAGGUCCAAGACCCGUUCUAUCAAACGCAGGUCUUCAAGUACCUCCAGUAGCUCUAGCACCUCCAGCAGCUCUAGCAGCUCGAGUAGUGGAUCCAGCUCUUCAUGGUCUUCACAGUCAAGUAGUGGGAGCAGGUCUCGAUCUGAUUCACGUGAUAGAAAAUACAAGCAUAAAAGAAGCAGGAGGAGCUCCAGAUCAUAUUCUCGUGGCCAUUCAAGAUCUUACUCGAGAAGCUUCUCCAGAAGUCGUUCUAGAUCAUACAGCCCACGCCAGAGAAGAAGAUAUUCAUCUGCUUACAGAAGACAUUACAGGUCUCCUCCUCGAUACAGGUCACGUAGCAGGUCACAUUCACGUUCAUAUUAUAGAAGUCGCUAUUCAAGAAGCCGCUCUCCAUCACAUAGUAGAAAAUUCUAUGGCUUUGUGAGGCGUCCCUACUCUCCUACAUUCAGGAGUUGGAGAAGUCGUUCAAGGACCCGUUCUCGCAGCAGAACACCACUGCGCCUAAGUGAGAGAGAAAAGUUGAAGUUGUUGGAAAUUGCAAAAAUGAACGCCUCUAAAGCCCUCGGAAAGGACGUUGAACUACCAGAUAGCCUAAAGAAAGUUACAGAGGUUAGUUUAACCGUUUGUGUUUUUUCAGUGUUCAAAGCAUCUUGA